AUGGGACCCUUAAAAGGGUCCACACCGAAGUUUCGGACUUCUUGUCUUCCAAUUAAGGUAACUGCGCAUUCCUCCCUUAAUUCGUCAAAGGGAGUUAUCAGAUGCAGAGAUUUGGAAGGUGUUAGCGAGGAAGAAAUAUGCCAAAAUUUACGUAUACAAGGAGUUACUGCUGUGAGGAGGAUAAAGGUUCGUCGAAACAAUGACUUGUUACCGACGAAUACUUGUAUCCUCACCUUUAACGUCCCUACCCUUCCUCAAUCUGUCAAAGCCGGUUACCUUAAUAUUCCUGUUGAACCCUUUAUUCCAAACCCCUUGCGUUGCUUCAAAUGCCAGCGGUUUGGCCAUGGUCAGAACACAUGUCGUGGAAAACUUACAUGCGCUCGUUGUGGUCUAUUUGACCAUGACAGCAAGACAUGUAAGAACGAUACACUUUGUCUCAACUGCAAGGGCAACCACUGUGCAUACUCGCGAGAGUGUCCGCGGUGGAAGCUGGAAAAAAGAGUUCAACAGGUGAAGGUACAAAAUAAACUGUCCUUCACGGAUGCCAGGAGGUUGGUGGAGUCAGCAACGCCUACAGUCGGUGACAAGUCAUAUGCAGCUGCAGCUGCUGCCAAAGUCGCCACUAAAAGUAUUGCAGUCAACACAGACCUCACUUGGCAUUGUGAUGAAGCCAAGUACAAGAAACUGUCUGAUAUUGAGAAGACGCAAAAACAGGUGCAAAAAGCAGCACAAAAACAAAAAAUCACACCCCAGAAAAAGGAAAUUGAAACUCAAGUGUCAAUGGAUUUUAAAAAUCCACCAAAUAGGUCGAGCACUAAUCUCCCUAAGACGGGCAAUGACACAAAGAAAUCUCCAAAGAAAGCUACAGAACGGGAUAACUCUUUGGGGAAAAAAGGAGAAGAAAAACCAGGAACGAUGGCGGAACGGAUUUCUAAACCCGAAGAGGCUAUUGAAUAUUACUUAAUUCCGUCAGUUCCUGACACCGUAAGCGAGCAGAACCUAAAGGCGUACCUCGAAGAACAAGUGGAUGUCAUUUUUGCUCAUUUGGGACCUUUAAUAAUUGAUUAUAUAUGGCAGAAUGAACCCUUCAGUUUAACCCCAGUCGCCAGUAGCAAAGGCAAUAUUCCACCACAUCUUCAUGGUUGUACAAACUAUGGUGACAACAUUGAUGAUGAAUGGUUCAUUGUUUUCCUUCUGUUCCGACUGACACGAGCAUUUCCCUCUCUAGUUGUUCAGGUCAGUGACAGUGAUGGCGAGUUUCUCCUCAUUGAAGCCGCUGAAGUUCUACCCAAAUGGCUCUCUCCAGAAACUGCUGAAAAUAGGAUUUAUAUUCACCAAGGUGAACUGCACAUCAUUCCCAUGACAAAGUCACCUGCCGAAGUCACACAACAUCUAAAGAAUGCAGUUAAAUAUGUCCGUGAAAAUGCCAUGACAACCAGAGCCUCCCCAGAGAUCCAGAAAGCCAUUCGCAGACGACUUGGAAGUUUUCCAGAAAAAGUUAAAGAAAAUACUCAUCAUGCAAACGUCUAUCUUCCUGCAAAUCUGUCAGCCAUGUUGAAUAAAAACCCUUCUCUUAUUGCAAGAGGUGUUACAGCAUUUUACUACAGAGAUCCAUUUGAUUUGAAGGCUUGCAGGACCAUGCAAUAUUUUAAACCAGAAGAAAAGAUUCUGUCACGGGUGAAGUUUACGAGGUGUCUGUAUGCACAACUCACGCAGCAGCAGUUCCUGCCAGACAGAAGAAGUGGCUGGAUUCUCCCAAAUGCUUCAGACAAACACUUCAAAGCUCAUGACCUCGGCAUGAAACUGUCCCAUGGUUUUGAAAUUCUCUGUGCCAAAUGUUCUUCCUACUACAAGUCAUCAAAUUCAUCAUCUCAGAAUGGUCACUCACGUGUCCGUGACAGUCGGUGGCAGAGGUAUCUGUGGGCACUGAAAAACAGCGGAUAUUUCAAAGAUGAAUUGGAAGGAUCAAAUUUGUAUAAAGAAUUAUUAAAAGAUGCUGAGAAGUUUUACACUGAACACGUUGCAAAUGGAAGCAGUCACAACAGAGAACCAGGAAUAGAAAUACUGGAUUUGCUGAACUCCAUCACAUUUGACAGCAGACAACUUAAAGCCAUGGAGAAAAAACUACAACCUUCUGAUGAUGACAGCUGGUUGACUUUGACACCUGAAUCGCUGGACAAUAUGAUGAAUAAGGCAACAGGAAAAUCAGAACAGUCUGUUGACAUGUUUGACCUUGACAGUAUUGCGAGCAGUAUGAAGGCUUUUGUUGACAACGUAUCUGGACUAGAUGGAGCAGAGUUUCCCAAAAAUGCCACAGAUGAUGAUGAGAUCCACUUUGAUGGGACAGGGAUUAUUCAGUCUAUGCAGAAAAUAUUCGAAUUUAAAGAUGACGAUGACUGUUCAAGUUCGGACAUGAGCGAGUAUGACUGGGAGAGUGAUGAUGACCUCAUUCUGCCAAGCAACAAGACAUCACAGAAAUCCACGGCAAAACAGACGCCAAAGUCACACGACGCCAUGCUUGACGAUUACAUGGACUUGAUGGAUAGGGAACUCGCCAAGACAAAAGUUGGCAAAAGUUUUGAACGAUUUCCAAAACAGAAUGGCAGUAACAGCAAUGGCAGCAACACAUCUACACCGAAGAGGAGUACCAACAGCAGCAGCCAGUCUACCCCGAAGAAGAGUGUUGCAGCCAGUGUUGGCAGCAGCUCACAGCCCAGGCGUAAAGCCGCACGGGACAUUGACGACGAGGACGACGACUUCAAGCCAGUGAACAUCGACCUGAACAUCGUGAAGAACACGCUGCAGUCGUACAGUGCACAACAGGGACUGCCCGGACCUGCCUCCAACAUCCUCAACAGCAUGGGCAUACAUGUGCCACACGAAGACGCAGACCAGUGGCCGUGAACCAGCUGAACAGUUCAUAGCUUGCUGCACUAGUUAUAUUUCAGCCAGUAUAAAGUGGAUAAUAUAUACACAUUCAAAUAGCUGUACUAACAGCUUACUACACAAGUUACAUUUCAGCCAGUAUAAAGUAUAUAAUAUAUACACAUUCCAACAGCUGUUCUGACCUAACUUACUACACUAGGUGUAUUUCAGCCAGUAUAAAGUGAAUAAUAUAUAUGUUGUCAAACAGCUGUACUGACUUUGUAGCUUACUACACUAGUUGUAUUUCAGCCAGUAUAAAAUACAUAACAUAUACGCAUUCAAACAGCUGUACUGACAGCCAGCUACACUAGUUAUAUUUCAGCCAGUAUAAAGUGAAUAAUAUAUAUAUACGCAUUCAAACGGCUGUACUAACAGCUUACUACACAAGUUGUACUUCAGCCAAUAUAAAGUAUAUAUAAUAUACACAUUCAAACAGCUGUACAGACAUAACUUACUACACAAGUUAAAUUUUAGUUAGUAUAAAGUAUAUAAUAUAUACAUAUUCAAACAGCUGUACUGGAUUGUAGCUUACUACACUACAUGCAUUUUAGCCAGUAUAAAAUAUAUAAUAUAUAUAUAUAUAUACACAUUCAACAGCUGUACUGAAUUAGUUUCAUUAACUAGCUAUAUUUUAUGCAGUAUAAAGUACACAAACAGUUGUACUGACAUAGCUUACUAUAUUAGUUGUACUUAAUACAUUAGUUGUAUUUUAUUUUGUGGAUCAAAAUUAUUCAAAUAGAUAAAACUUAAUACAUUUAUAAUACAUCUUAUUUUUAAUCCAUUUAAAACUUUAUAAUGUCAGAGCAUGUGGUACUUUGAUCAGCCAUUUUGGAAAGUGUUUGAAUAUUUAAAUGCCAUUGCAUAGAUCAAAACAUUUGUCAAUAGUGUGUUCAUUAAGUAGUAUAAGGCGCUGUAACUAAAUUGCUAUGCCAAGAAUAUUUGAACCAAUAUCAGAUUAACCAACACACCACAUCAAAGAUGUAUUGGUGUUCUGUAUUGUUACAGCCACAAUAUACUGGCCGCAUCUGCUGAAAUCUGUACGAUGCAGGGAUAUAUUCAUAUCUCGAGGUGAACACUUGAUUUUAUGACAAUUCUGACUGAAAAUAGUGGUGUUCUUCAUGACUGCAGUAUUUUGUUUGUCGUCCCAUCCAUAAAAACUUGGUUUCCUCUUUUGAAAUGUCUUACCAGCUUUUUUCAGGUUCAGCUGGCUUGGAAUGUUAAAUGAUUUCCAGUCAGUGAAAGUUCUGGGUAGUGGGGAAAAUUGGGACAAUCACUUUUAACAACAGUUAAAUUGUGUACACAAGAAACUGUUACAAUGCUCAAAUAAGAUAGAUUAUAUAUGUUGCUAGAAUGAGAAUAUUUUUUUAUAAGACAGGUUUUUAUAAUCUUAGUGUUUUUAUGCUCUAAUUUGACCUCUGUGUAUGUGAUAGUUUGAUGUGAACUACAACAGAAGUAUGUAUGCUUGUAUUCCAAGAACCUUCAUAAUGUAGACCAAUUCAUCCCAGGACCAAACUAAAUCUUUUCCUUGUCAAACAUCUGUUAGUUAAUAUGUCAGGAAGACUAUUUAAUGUGGCCAUUCUGUACCACACUGUUGUGAUUAGUGUGUUAACUUCCUUUUGUACAUUUUUAUUUUAUUUUAACUUGAUUUUUGCGUUUAUAUUAAGUUACGGUUUAAACAUGUGUUGUCUUUGCCAACACCUCUGCUAUUUGGGCUGUGUUGUCAGGACAGAGUUUAAUGUUUGGUUGUUGGAGAGAAGUUGAAAUACAAAUAAUAACCACCUCAUUUCUAGGUGUGAGCUGAUACCAGGAUAUGAACCAUGUGUAUAAGUUUAAUAAGCACUGCCCCAAUAUGGUAACAGAUGUACACGUUAUAUUUUCUUAUUUAUUGUGGGGUUUGUUUGGUUUUUUGUUUCAACAAGGGACCUUCAUGUAGAAUAGCUGGUGUGAUCUGAUGACAGUAUGUAGAGUAAUUAGUUGUUGAGUUCAGAGAUCAUUUGUCCUAAGACUAGUGUGACCGUAUAUAGAAUAACUGACUACAUUUGUAUUGUGACUGUAGGAAUUGUAGAACUGAAUGCUGACAAUCUGUAUGUUUGUAACUGUAAUCAAAUAUUUCCAUUGUAAUCUGUUGGUUGUGUUUGUCAUUGAGGUUUUAACAAUUGUGUUCAGGCAGCCAUGUUUAUAGCGUGCAUUAGUACUUUGAAAACUUUUGUAGAAUCUACACAUCUCAUAACCUCAUUGUUUUACAAAGUAUUUUUGUACUAAUGUUGCAGUAAUUAAAUCAAAACAUCAAGUUCCAUGUAAAUAUUUUAGUUUACAAACGAAAGACUUCACCAUAAACCAAGAUAUAAAUACUAGUUUUUAAAUUUGAUACUUUGAAAAUAUUGUGAGCUCCUGUAAAAUAGUGUAGUGGUAUGGUGAUCAGUAGACUUCAUUGGGUACAUGUGUCAUUAUCAAAAUUGGUAAUGUUCUGAAAACAACAUAGAACUCGGGGGGGGGGGGGGGGAGCAGUUAAUCCCUGCUACAAUGAGGAGUGGGGGGUGGCAAUGCAAUAUCGUUAGCUAUGGGGCAGUGCCCCUGGUCUCUCCCCAUCAGACAUCUAUUCACAAGAAGAAAAACAAAAAGCAAAGAAUCUAGUGCUGACGAAUCUUGCAGCACCGAUCAGUUUUAACUGAAAGUUAUUGUAGCUGUAAGAGAGGUAUAUUCUAUUCAAAAGAUUAUUAAAGGGACAGACCCAAGUUUCAACCCGUGGAAAUUAACACUAAGUUUAGUUAAUCUACAAACCUGUAACACAUUUGGAUAAAGUUACAACAAAGUGAAAGAACAGUCUGUGACUUUG